ACCAUAUCCUGCCAUGUUGGUUGGUCCAGGAAGUGCUAUCGAAGUGGAUACAUCUUGUUGUAGAGUGAAUGCAUUUUUGGUAUUCAAUACCCUACAUAUAACUGUAAUAUCUAAGACUUAUUGAAGUUUGGGUGGUUUCAAGCUCUUUACAUACAACUGCUGUAAGAACGUGCAUUAGGAUGGCUUCUUUGACGCAGAGAAGUUCGGGCCUGGUGCAGAGGAGGACCGAGGCCACCCGGAAUGCAGCUGCCGAUAAGGACAGAGUGCCUGGCGAAGAGGAUGAAGAGCAGCGACGCGGAGAGGAGGAGGAAGACGACCAGGGAGAUUCAAAAGAAACCAGACUUACGUUGAUGGAAGAAGUUUUGCUGUUAGGAUUAAAAGAUAGAGAGGGCUAUACAUCUUUCUGGAAUGACUGCAUCUCGUCAGGGCUGCGCGGCUGUAUGUUGAUCGAGUUGGCUCUAAGGGGACGGCUACAGCUCGAGGCCUGCGGCUUACGGAGGAAAAGCCUUCUGGCUCGGAAGGUGAUAUUCAAGUCUGACUCGCCCACGGGAGACAUGCUGCUGGACGAGGCGCUGAAGCACAUCAAGGAGACCCAGCCUCCUGAGACUGUCCAGGGCUGGAUAGAGCUGCUGAGUGGAGAGACUUGGAACCCCCUGAAACUGCACUACCAGCUGAGGAACGUGCGUGAGCGUCUGGCCAAGAACCUGGUGGAGAAGGGCGUGCUCACCACGGAGAAGCAGAACUUCCUGCUCUUUGACAUGACCACCCACCCGCUCACCAACAACACCAUCAAGCAGCGCCUGGUCCGCAAGGUCCAGGAAUCGGUGUUGGAGAAGUGGGUGAACGACCCCCAGCGCAUGGACAAGCGGGUCCUGGCACUGAUCCUCCUGGCCCACUCGUCAGACGUGCUGGAGAACGUGUUUGCCCCCCUGCUGGACGAGCAGUACGACCUGGCCAUGAAGAGAGUGAGGCUGCUACUGGAGCUGGAGCCCGAGGCAGAGAGCGCCAAGCCCAAUGCUAACGAGCUCAUGUGGGCCGUGGUGGCGGCCUUCACUAAAUGAUGUUUGUCUGAGCCUGGAACUGAUGACCUGCUGGCUGGGGAAGCUGGACUGGUCCUGGUUGUAAAUCACAUGCUGGCGCUAGAACGCUAGACCAAUCAUAAACACUGAUACGGACUGCAGUAUCCAUAACCCUCUGUGAUGGCUGCCGUGCCACACUGCCAUGAUUGGCUGAUAAUGAUGGUGGAGGGAGGUUACAGUGACGAUGAUGACGAUGAUGAUGAUGACGACAAUGUAGUGGUCAGGAUCCUGGCUUCAAGGGUCAUGAGUGACCUCUCUGUGGGUGUCACUGUCUUGACCUUCAAGAUGUGGAUUCUGUAGCUGGGACGCGUGUCUGUAGCUGGGACGUGUGUCUGUAGCUGGGACGCGUGUCUGUAGCUGGGACGCGUGUCUGUAGCUGGGACGCGUGUCUGUAGCUGGGACGCGUGUCUGUAGCUGGGACGCGUGUCUGUAGCUGGGACGCGUGUCUGUGUUCCAUCAAGCAGAUGAUAGCCAGUCUAUAGAAUAUCCUACAUGACCAUUGUUGUUAGUUUUUUUUUUUUUUUUAUAACUUUCUGACACUUUGAGAAAGGUGUGUUAUUAGGCAUGGGUGAUUCUGUUGUAAAUUAUAGUUAAUGCUUAGUCUUUGUCUCUAAGCUGUUUUGCACUUUGGGCAAAUUUUCAUGUUGAGAUGGGUUCAUGGCUGGUUGAUGACCUUGUUUGUACAAUUGAAAUAUACAGGGUUUAAGACUAAUCUAGGCUUAUUUCUGAUCACCAUGGUUUCCACGACACCAAAUAAUACUCUCACACGUGUGAUCCAACUUUGACAGUCCUGUGGUAGACUCUGUGGUGGCUGCUCCACAUGCAGGCCUCCUCUGCUUUAAUCACCACUGUCAGCUACCGCCUGUCCUGUAACCCUGUGGUCAGAUCAAACUUGGGGAAAGUGGGCUCGGAAAGUGGAACAAAAUGGUGUGAACUAACCCCCCCCCCUCCCCCCUCUGAAAUAUCUUGUGUUUUCAGCCAUAUUUAUGUUUUACUUUCUACUAACACCGUUUUUACUGCUUUCAUGUCCAUGAUCCAGAAAACAUCCCCCAGAAGUAGCUUCUUUUGUACGCCAUUCUCUGUUCAUGUGUUUGGUCCGGCGGUGUCUGCUGCUCUGUGGACUGCUCUGCUCUGCUCCAGUGCUGCACACAGGAGACCGCUGUGAUGACAAUACAGUGUAGAUAGUCUACCAGUGAGGCAUGAUGACAAGUCCCAGCAUGCUCCAGCAGAAGCUGCCGUCCCUCUGGUGGAGGCCUGUACCAGUAUGGUGAUGUGAUAUUAAAGGGAUUUCUGUACCCCUCUGUCUGCUUUUAUGUGACCACACAAUAAAGAGUGGAUCAUUGAAGUGCCUGAAUUCAG